UUUUAUUUAAGGUUCCUUUAUUUAAACCUAAAUUAUUUAUUCGACUUUCCCGUUGCUAUAAAUACUUUGUUUGUUUACGGAAGUGACGAUUUUGGAGCACCUGAUCGGCCGAUAUUCUGAUUUCGCAACUGUCAAAUAGUUUCGAUGCACAAUAUUGGAACACUGCAGUAAAUUAUUCAUUGCAUGUUAUGGGAUUUAGAUUUUGAUUAACUUUAUUUAGACGAGCAUUUAUUUUUGGAUACUGGUAUUGUAUUUUUCUUCUGCAAAACCGAUACUUUGGGAAUAAAUUGAGAUGGCGGCAGCUGAGAACGUGAAAGUUGCAGUGCGAGUGCGACCAUUCAAUUCACGUGAGACUGCACGAAAUGCCACACUCAUUAUUGCUAUGAAUGGCAACUCAACAGAAAUUAAGAACCCAGAGGAUUUAUCAAGUGAGCCGAAGAGAUUUGCCUUUGAUCAUUCCUACUGGUCACAUAAUGAAUACAACGAGCGAUCUGAUGGUUACCUAGAAGCUUCUGGAUCAAAAUAUGCAGAUCAGCAAAGGGUAUUCGAUGACCUUGGUCGUGGUGUGCUUGAUAAUGCGUGGAAGGGGUACAAUUGUUCCUUGUUUGCCUAUGGUCAGACAGGCUCAGGAAAGUCUUAUUCUAUGGUCGGUUAUGGGGCCAACAAGGGUAUUGUCCCGAUCUUCUGUGAUGAGAUAUUUAAAGGCAUUGAGGAGAAAAGAAAAACUGCAGGGAAAGAUGAAGAUUAUCAGGUAUCACUGAGUAUGUUGGAGAUCUACAAUGAACAAGUACGUGACUUGCUCAAUGCAAAGACAAUGACAGUGAAAGGUGGUCUUAAAGUCAGGCAGCAUCCAUCAAAAGGAUUUUAUGUUGAGAACUUGACAGCAUGUGGGGUAAACAGUUACAAGGAAAUUGACGGGAAGAUCAAUGAUGGAACCAGAAAUAGAACUGUGGCAGCCACCAACAUGAAUGCUACUAGUAGUCGUGCACACACCAUUGUAGCAAUUACAUUCACACAGAAACAGCCAAAUGAGACAGGACAAAGUAUGACCAGAACAUCUACAGUCAACCUUGUAGAUCUUGCUGGCAGUGAGAGAGCUGACUCUACAGGAGCUACAGGAGACAGAUUAAAGGAAGGAUCAGCUAUCAAUCAGUCUCUCAGUUCCCUGGGAAAUGUCAUCAAGGCACUUGCUGAUCAGUCUAUGGGAAAAAAGAAAGUUGUCGUUCCAUACAGAGACUCUACAUUGACAAGACUGUUACAGAAUGCUCUUGGUGGCAACAGCAAAACAAUUAUGAUUGCUGCCCUAAGUCCUGCUGAUAUAAACUAUGAGGAAACACUGUCAACACUCAGAUUUGCUGACAGAGCAAAGGCCAUCAAAACAACUGCCACUAUCAACGAGAGUCCAACAGACAAGCUAAUCCGUGAAUUGAGAGAAGAGAACGCUAAACUCAUGGAAAUGUUAAAGUCAGGAGGAGUGGUAAUGGCCCCUGCUGGCGGCAGUGGAGGAUCAUCAGACGAGGUGGAGGAGAUGAAGAGACAGAUGGAGGAGGAGUUACGCAAGAAAGAGGAGGAGCUUGAAAAUCUCACAAAAUCGUAUGAGCAGAGAAUGGCAGAAGCUUCACAGUCUGGGACGGGAACAGUUCAGAUGCAUCAAAAAGAGGAAGGGGACAAGAAAGUGAUACCUCAUUUCUGGAACCUGAAUGAGGAUCCAGCCCUUACUGGCAUGAUUGUUCACUUUGCUAAACCAGGUAAAAACAGAUUAGGCAACAAAACUGCAUCACCACCACCAGAAAUUAUGCUCAAUGGUCUUAGCAUUGCAAAGGAACAUGCAGAAGUUAUCAACAGCAGUGGCAGUGUUUCUAUCAAACCAAACCCUGCAGCCAAGGAGAUCAUGGUCAAUGGCACGAAGAUUAACAAGGAAACCAAACUCAGUCAUAAUGACAGAGUGUCAUUUGGACCUAAUCACUUGUAUGUCUUCCACCAUCCUCAAGAUUAUGCAAAGAAGGUGAAUGCUGGGGAGAAGGUAGAUACCCCCACAUUUGACACCGCUCAGGAGGAAAUUGCCAAACAAUCCGGAUUGAUGACGGCUGGGGCUGGAACAUCAAAAGGAGAGAAAGAUAUUAAUGACCUUCUGCUACAAGAGGAUUUGAUUCAGAUGUUGCCAAUGGUGGCUGAAGCAACUGCGAUGGCAGAAGAACUUAAGAAGGGGGUCAAGUUUGAAAUAACACUUGUAUCCCCACAGGCCAGGGGACAGAAAGAGGGCAAAACAGAGGUUAUGGUGAAGAUGUUGGCCCUUGAUGGCAGUGGUAAUGACUGGCUGUGGGACAGGAACAAAUUUAUCAACAGAAAGUUCAUCAUGCAGGAAAUGUAUCAGAACUAUGUGGAGGGUGAUUCUGAAUGGGAUGUUCCUCAGGACAGGGAUCCAUUCUGGGAACCAGCAGAUUGUGAGAAGUUGAUUGGUACCACUCAUGUGUUGUUACAGUCUAUGGCAUACAACAUUGACCUGGAGGAGAACCUUGUCAUCUCAGACUACAAGGGUAAUGAUCAAGGUCAUCUAGAGGUCGCUGUUGUACCAUGUACCAAAGAUUUCACACCUGUACCUGAGGAUGACUUUGUAGAGGACCCAAAAGAACUGAAAGGGAAACCUGUUUACUGCAAGAUACUGGUUAAAUCUGCAAGAGGUCUACCAUCAAACAUUGACAAGAGUUUCUGUCGCUACAAGUUCUACCUAGACAAGGAUUAUACUCAAACCCAAGAGGUUGGUGGGACUAUCAACCCAGACUUUCAUCACGAGAACAAAAUUACCCUAAAGUCAGCGACGGAACAGUUCAUUGACUACCUGAAUAAUGAAUCUCUCUACAUUGAAGUAUGGGGUCGACAGAAGGCCAAAGGAGGCAAAGAAAAGACUAUAUUGGCACCGAAGAGUAAGGAAAAGGGAGGUAAGAAAGAGGGUGUAACCAAUGGCAACAUUGGAGCACCUCUCCCACCAAUUGCUGACAACAAGGCGAAAGAGGAGGCCAACAUCUAUAAGAAACAGGCUGCUGAAUCUGAGAAAAAACUGAACAGUAUCAAUGAUUAUUUGAAGAAGAGGAAGGCUCAGGGACAUGAUGCAAUGAGGAUGGAGGAUGUAGAAGCACUUCUAGCAGGACGUAUACCACAAGGACGUCCAGUACAGACACAGGCUGCUGGUCAAUCUGGUGGUCAGGCUGAGGGCUCAAAGGCCUGUACCAUACAGUAGGCAAAAAAAGUCUACACUGUACAGUAAACAAUAUAAGUCUACACCAUACAGUAGACAACAAUUAUGAACUUUAUACAUAUCAUCUCAACAGUUUGUGUGUUAAAAUAAAAAAAGUACUGAGGGAAUGCAUGGACGUCUGUUGUGCUCAGACCUCUAUACAUUUGAAAAUUUUGAAAUUCAUUAUGCUGAACUUACUAAAUGUUGGAAAACUAUUUUUUACUUGAAAGUGAAGAGAGAUGUGGUGAAGUACAUUUAUCUUGCUUAAUAUACUGAGCGGUAAGUACUAUAUUCUUACUUUGCGGACAGUUAAAGCUCUGAUUAAUUAGGGGAAUACAUUCCUAGAGGAAAAGCAAAGUUGUAGGUUCUAAUUAAAUAACUUGAAGAUUUGGGAUUGUUUUGCCAGAAAAUCGGAAGCAAUAUUUAAAUACUCUUACUAGCCAGUAACAUUAGAGUAUACCGUUAUGCUAGAUCAUGAAAAUUAGUAGAUUUUCAGAGUAGUUUCAUAUCAAUUGUAAGGGUUUUUUUUUUUUUUUAUGUAUUUUUUUUUAUAACAUGAAUUUAGAAGAAAUGGUAUUCUAAGUACAUUAGUUUAUAUCAUAUAAAAUUAGUUUUUAAUAUUUAAGAUAUCACAAUAAAAUGUUUACCUGAUUAAAUUUUUCAUAAAUCUGGUUUUUGAACAUGUUUGAUAUAUUACCAUAUAUUUUCUGUUUGUGACAUCAGGUGUUGUAUGACUCAAUAAUGACAAUCAAACGCUUCAACUCAUAUUAAUAGAAGCUAGUUCUGUGAAAUUGUUUGUUCUGUAACUUAAUUUGAAAACAGAGACUAAGUCUGUAUCUUUUCCGUGUCUAAGAGAUAGAUAAAUACAUAGCAAAAAUGGGAUUCAAACCAAAGCCUUGGAAUACCAUUCUGGUGUCCUGCCACCUCCUGCAGUUAUCUACAGUGACAAAGUUACACUUGUUAUGAAGCGAUUGUAUUAGAAAAUGUUGUUUUUUCUUACUGUGAUAUUAUCUAGAAUAGUAUGUAUUGCGUUUCAAAUGUACAAAUACACCUUGAAACACAGUACUUGCCAAGCUUUUGUGAAAGUAUAUAACUUACUGCUGUGCAGAAAUUAACCUACAGUGUUUGUGUUGUGGUUUGACAUUAAUUUCUGUAUUGAAUUUUAACUCUAUUUUUGUUUGUUUCGUCAGCAUCUUUUCUGUAACAGCAUAACAUUUGCAGCCUUAUUAAAUUUUUAUAUCAGUAUCAGGUUUCAAAAUAUAUCUGCAUGAAAAUAUUUUGAAAUAAUGUGCUGAAAUUGUUACUGUAUUUAAUUGGCCAGGACUGAAACAGCACGAGAUUGAAGAAAUGUACCAUCAAGAAUAAUUGUUAAGUUAGUCUUAAGAGAAUUACCGUCUUAUUUGAUUUAUAUACACUUAAUGUAUAUCCGAUAUGUGUAUGUCACUAUGAAUUUCGUUUAUGUCAGACUGAGUUUCACAAAGCUGGUCUUUGUUUCACACACCCUGUCAUGACUUUGUUAUGUCGUGUCUUUUGUUUGUACAUUCCGUCCAGUUGUCUUGUAUCAUUCUUUACAUUUUUGAAAAAAUAUACAAUAACAGUACAACAAAGGUUGUAUUCAUGGACAGUGUUGUUGAAGAGAUCUGUGAUAGAACUAUUUUUGUCGAGAAAAUAGUGCAUUGUCUUUUGUAGUGUUUAUUUCUGUCAUGUUUGUACUUUGUUGUUUUUUAACAUUUGCUCAGCAUAAUGUCAAACUAAAACUUAGGAAAACUUUAGCUGAUCAUGAAUAAUGUAGAUCUAUAUGCCAUACAUAAUUACUGAAUCAACUUUAUUAAGAUAGAAUUAUAUCACAGAUGUAAAUAUAUUACUCAAUUAAGAGUAAAACACCAGGUUACAGAUUUUGUGAAAAACUUUUUUAUUUAAAGGAAAUAAUGUAUUUUCCUCUUAAAUCCAGCCAUUUAAUUGAUUUAAUCAUAUGAAGUCAAACUUAUUUCAGUUUUUUUGCAUAUAAAUGAAAGUUUUUAAUAAAUAAUCAUUAUUCAUUGCACUUGUUAUACAAUAUUAUGUGUGUUGUGUGUUUAUUUUCAGGGAAAGGGUUUUUUUGAUUUAUGUUCUCUUCUUUACUGAACACCAAAAGAUUUCAUUUAACAUAUUUUUAGAAUGUACGUCUAUUUUAAAAACUGCAUGUCAUGUGACUAAAUUCUCCUCAGGAAUAAAUUUUAGGGGUAUUUUUAUGUAUCCCUGAUGAAUGCCUGAUCUAGCCCAAAUUAGUUAAAUUAGAUAGAACUACAGUUAUUUACAUUCAAUGUUUGGUCGCGUGUUUCACUUUUCCUUCUUACAGUUUAUAAAUAUUAAAUUUACAAAAAACGAUUUAGUAAUCAGAAACUCCAGAACAUGGAUUGUUUGUUAUAUUUGUGAAAUGUAUCGGAUCAGUAGUAGUUAGGUUUAUGUUAUUAAUAGCUCAAAAAGUGGAGUUAAAAGAUUUUAUUUUACAAAGAUUUAUUAAUUGGGGAAAUAUGAAUUUUUUCAUCCUGUAUUUUAGCAUAGACUCCAAUGUUCAGAGUUCUUAUAACAGAUUUUAGAUUAUUUUUCAGAAAAAGGUAGUUUACAUUUUAUAAAGCAUUACAUUCCGUCCUAUAUAUUGAUAUGCUAUAUUAGUAUUCAUACUUUUCUUUACUUUUGUACUAUUUCUAUGAUAAUUGUAUGUUAAUAAAAAGAUGUUGUUAAGUUGAA